AUGUCAACCGGCAUACUGGAUAACGACAAUGACAUGUACGCCAAGCCUGGCAGUUCGGUGGGCUGCGUUGAGAGGCAUGAGGGCGUUGCCCUCAAGUCGAGCCACGACAAACUUGGCCUACGAGCUUCCGCAUGGAGGUUUCGAAAGGCUGUUCUUGUUUGCAAUCUUCUUUGUAUUGCUGCUGCCUGUGAUGGCUUCCAAAUCAAUCUCAAUGGAAAUAUUAUUGCCAACCAAGGGUUUAUCAACCACGUCGGAUUCCUGAACGAUGAAGGAGAAUAUGUGCUGAAAGCUCAGUAUACCGCUCUCUGGGGCGCUCUGCAGUCUCUGGGUCAGAUCAUCGGCAUGCUCUCACUCAAUCCUGUUUCAGACAGGAUUGGACGCAAGCAGACAUUGUAUGUUCUCUGGGUGAUGCUAGCAGCGUCUAUUGCUAUCGAAACCGUCGUUCGUGACUGGAAGGAUUGGGCGGGAGCCAAACUUCUAGCUGGAGCCGGGAUUGGUGCACUCCAGGCGACAUUGCCCGUCUACAUCACAGAAUGGUCUCCUGUCAAUAUCCGAGGCGCCAUGGUACUCACUUAUGGAUUCUGGAACACCAUCGGCAACUUCUUGGCUCCCAUGAUUCUCACAAUCAUGCAUGCCGUCGACCCGCUGGAUUACAAAACUCCCAUCUUGACUCAGUGGGGCUUCCUAGGCCUGAUGCUGCCAAUAUUCAUUUGGCUUCCAGAGACCCCCGCCUACUAUGCGGAGAGGGAUCAAGACGAGCUAGGCAAGAAGACACUGAAGCGUGUCAACGGUCGCGUGCAAGAUUACGACGUCGAGACAGAGUACGCCAUCAUCAAAAACACGAUACUUGAGGAAAGGAACCUACGAGAGGAACAUGGGCUGAACGACAAGUCUUUUGCCGACAUCGUCACAACCUAUUUGGCUUGCUUCAAGGGCUCUAAUGCUCGCAGGACCCUUGGCGCCGCUCUGCCGGCCUGUGCCCAGCAACUGACCGGUCUUUCUUUCUUAAACACCUACGCAAGCUUAUUCUUUAAGCAGAGUGGCUUUGACAACGCUUUCCUCAUAUCCACCAUUUUGACUAUUAUCCAGCUCGUCUCCGCAUUGGCUUUGAUCCUCAUUUCCGACAAGGCGGGUCGAAGAAGUCCUACGUUUGUCUCUGUUAUCGGCUGCUCGUUGAGCAUGAUGGUAGUCGGAAUCCUCGGCUUCGUAAACAAGACGACGCCGAUUCAAAACCUCCUCAUCUUUGUUGCUUGCGUUUGGGCCUUCUUUAACAAAGCUCUUGGCAGCAUCGGAUGGGCUUUUGUUGGCGAAGUAGCGUCGCAAAAGCUUCGCGCUCGUACUGCCGGCGUGGCAGCAGCAUCGUCGGUUGUUUUUGGUCUCACCUUCAACACCACAGUUCCUCUCAUGUUGGACACCAAUGGUGCUGACUGGAACUAUAAAACAGCAUGGCUGUUUUUCGGCACUGGAUUGGUGACUACUCUUGUUGUCUACUUUUAUGUGCCCGAGCCUUCGCAGCGGAAUCCAGCCGAGAUGGAUGAAAUGUAUGAGAAACAUGUCCCUGCUCGAAAGAUGCGCAAGUACGUUACCGAUGUGCAGAGAGCUGCCCAUGUUAACGACCACCCAACUGCGUAA